GGCACCAUUGGUUCACUCUCUGGGCGACGUCAGUGAGAGAGGGUGGUCUUUCCUUCGUUCGUUUUCUUCACGUAAAUGCAAAAAAUCACAAAAAAAUUGUAAUUUGCCAAAAACCCAAAAAAAAAAUUAAGAAUACUAACUUGUAAGUUAAGUUAGAAAAAAAAAUCCUCUUAAGGCGAACACUGUGCUCUUAUUCCAUCACAAUCUGUUACUCGGCCAUUUAUCUUCAGAUCAAUUUAUAUCUUUCACCAUCUUGAUAAACCUGACAAAUUUCUGAAAAAAUGAACAACACUGCUGGAGCUAAUUACCCAAUCGCCUCUCUGUACGUUGGUGAUCUUCACAAUGAGGUCACUGAAGCCAUGUUAUUUGAGAAGUUUUCCACUGCUGGGCCUGUGGUCUCUAUUAGAGUUUGCAGAGACAUGAUUACUCGUCGCUCACUGGGCUAUGCAUAUGUCAACUUCCAGCAACCAGCUGAUGCUGAAAGAGCAUUGGACAGUAUGAACUUUGAUGUGCUGCGGGGAAGACCAAUUCGGAUCAUGUGGUCACAACGUGAUCCAUCUCUCCGUCGCUCUGGUGUUGGUAAUAUCUUCAUCAAAAACCUCGACAAAACUAUUGACAACAAGGCCAUGUACGACACAUUCUCUGCAUUUGGCAACAUCUUGAGCUGCAAAGUUGCUCAGGAUGAGGCUGGCAACUCUAAAGGAUAUGGGUUUGUCCACUUCGAAACUGAAGAGUCUGCUGUAAAUGCAAUCACCAAAGUCAAUGGCAUGUUGCUCAAUGGGAAAAAGGUCUUUGUCGGCCGUUUUAUUCCACGCAAAGAUCGUGAGCGUGAGUUGGGAGAAAAGGCCAAAUAUUUCACAAAUGUUUAUAUCAAGAAUUUUGGUGAUGAAUUUGAUGAUGAAAAACUGUUUGAAUGCUUUUCUAAGUAUGGAAAAGUUACUUCUCACAAGGUCAUGUCAAGUGACGAUGGAAAAUCGCGAGGGUUUGGUUUCGUGUGCUAUGAAGAUCCUGACGCUGCAGAAAGAGCCUGUGAUGAUAUGCACGCUAAGGAUAUGAAUGGCAAAACCUUAUUCGUUGGUCGUGCACAGAAACGCAAUGAACGUCAAACAGAACUUCGUCGUAAAUUUGAACAAAUGAAAAUAGAACGCCUUAAUCGUUAUCAAGGCGUCAACCUGUACGUCAAGAACUUGGAUGACACCAUCGAUGACGAACGCCUUCGCAAGGAAUUUGCACCAUACGGAACCAUCACCUCGGCUAAGGUUAUGACAGAAGGAGGUCGCAACAAGGGAGGUUUCGGUUUCGUUUGCUUUUCAUCACCGGAAGAGGCAACCAAAGCCGUAACCGAGAUGAAUGGCCGUAUCUUGGUUUCCAAACCUUUGUACGUAGCCUUGGCUCAACGUAAGGAAGAUCGUAAGGCUCAGCUCGCAUCGCAGUACAUGCAGCGAAUGGCCGGCAUGCGUAUGCAACAAAUGGGUCAGAUGUUCCAACCGGGUGGUCCUGGUUACUUUAUGCCCGCUCCAAUUCAGCCGCAACGCUUUUACACUCCAGCUCAGAUGGCACAAUUCCGUGCCACUCCUCGCUGGUCUGCUCAACCUCAGGUUCGCCCAACAGCCCAGCUUAACCAACAAGGUGCCGGAUAUCCCGUUUCAGCACAGUACCGUGGUGGAGUUCCCCCUCGUGGUCAACCUCCCGUUGUCCGCUCGAUGCAGUCGGCCCGUCCCAUCACUGGUCAACAGCCGAUGGUGCCCCAAGGAAUGCCUGGCCGUUCCCUCGGUAUGCCCUCCGGUGGACCAGUCAUGCCUCAACCACGCCCCGGAUUCAAAUUCACUCCAGCCAUGCGAAAUCCACCCACACAAGGCUCUCUUCCAUCGAACGCCAUGGGUGGAUCAGCUGCCGGUGGAAUGCAACAAGCGCUCGUUGUGCAAGGGCAGGAGCCGUUGACUGCAUCCAUGUUGGCCUCAGCUGCUCCUCAGGAUCAGAAGCAAAUGCUUGGAGAGCGUCUUUUCCCUCUUAUUCAGCGCAUGUAUCCCGAUAUGGCUGGAAAGAUCACCGGCAUGUUGUUGGAGAUCGACAAUUCGGAGCUGUUGCACAUGUUGGAACACAACGAAUCACUCAAAGCCAAGGUGGAUGAAGCCGUCGCCGUACUCCAGGCUCACCAAGCUAAACAAGUGGCUGCGCAAGUUGCUUCAGUUGUUCAACCAAAAGAGGAAUAAAGAAGAAAGAAAUAAAAGAAAAAAUUCACAAAAAAAUGGCAAAACUUAAAAAAAUCCACUAAAAGUUUUUUUUUCUUCGUCAACGACACGAGUUAUUACGCAACUCUUUCCUUCUGUUCUUUAUCUUGAUGUCAUCGACCACCUUUGAAGAGAACCUCCUGGUCGCCCAGCCUUCUUUAUUUUUCGCUUAUUCUAUCCAACUUUUUCUUUAUUUUCUGUUUUACUUUCCUUCUGUAUGAUUUCCUCCUUCAUUUGUAAUCCCAUUCAGGUUGUGGGUUAUACUUUCAUUACAAUUUCUUCUUGUACUGGUAUAAUUCCGAAAUACAAGAAAUGGGUUUCAGGCUAAAAAAAAAAGAAAAAACAAAAAAUAUAAA